AUGCCGUCGUUUAAUCGCGAAUUUGGCCACCAGAAUUUGCAGGCGUCUUCAUUCUAUCAUCAGUUGAAACCUCUUCAACAAGAUGAUGAACAACUCUCUAUUCCCUCACAACAACCUUCUUUACAUAUCAACCAACCAUCAUUUUCACAACAUUCAAGCUCACCAAGGAUUAACUCUUCUUUUAUUGGUUCCCGCAAUAAUGAAAUACCAAUGGCUUCUGAUAUGAACAAGAAGGCUUUGAGCCUUUUGUUCGCGAAUAAUACAAGACAAAGCCAUCAUAAUAACACUGAGAGAAUGCGUAAUAAUAUUAAUAAUAAUAUUAUUUCAUCAUCUGCGAGCUUUGGAGGUAAUUUUGAAAGCAGUUUCUCUUCCACGCAGAUAUCAUCGUCGUUUGAUGGCUUCAAACCAACUCCUUAUCACUACCAUGACUCUGCAAAUCAUCACUCGAAAGACUGGUUUUCAUUGAGCAACAACGGUCCAAUCAAUUCCAACAGCUCUCCGUUUUCUGCGCAAUCCCAGCAACAACAAGAUGGUUUUCCAUCUCGAUACAGUUACCACUACGUUCAACCGACGACCAAGAACACCAUUUCAUCCACUCUCUAUUCUACCAAUUCUAUGAUGCACGCGACUACGGGAUUACCUCCUUUGUUUGAGCUUGAACCCCACAACAACAAGUUAUUGCCCGAGCCAACAACAUCUACUUCUUAUUCGGCUUCCUCGUCUCAUAGACAUCUUACCAACAAUUUUGGAAUUCAUCCUCCCCAGAACUCUACCAACUCUUCCAUUCUUCAUCAUUCUUCUUCGCCUCAAACUCCCUCUUCUUCUGCUUUCAGCGCCUAUAACAAUUCCACUCUAGAUCACCAAAGUGCUGCAACGAUGCUUUCAAAAAGAAAUAGUUUGCAGUCUUUCAAUGAAGUGGUCGACUUUGUUGACGAGAAAAAGAAGCGUCCAAAAGAUCAUUCAAACGACUCUAAAUGCAGCCAGCAGCAACUCGAAACCAAGAAGAGAAAAUUAGAAGAGCAUGGAAAAAAGGAACUUGAAGAAGAUGAUGACGAAGGGUGUGGUGAAGAUGAAGAGCAUGAUGUUGAUGAAGAUUUUGUUAACUCUUCAGAGAAGUUACUUCCAAUCAGAUCUUUAGCUCACUUGGUUGGAUUGUCAAAGGAUGAAGGAAAGACCUGGAGAUAUCGUGAUGUUCGUCGUGCUCUUUUUGAAAAGUGUUCAAAAGAACACACUAAAUUCAUUGAACAAAAUCAACAACAUGCCAUUCUCAGACAGAGACUUCCUCACAAACUGACAUUAGUGAGCUUUUGCAAACGCAUCAUGUUACUGGUUUUCCAUUUUAUUAUUAGAGAUGGUAAAGAGCCCAAAUUCUUUUCUAAAAGUCAUGUUCGAAGAGACCUCAUCGAAGAAACUUUGGAAAAGGAAGCAAGUGAAUUCUUCAGAAGGAUCAAUAGGGAUGUUGCUAUGAAAAUUCACGCUCUUACUUGUACAGGGUUGAGUUUAGAACAAGCUUCCAAAUCUGUGAAUUCUUCAGAGAAUGUGUCCCUUAGCAAAGAUCUCAAUGUUCCUGUCACCACCCCAACAACCUUAGGUUCCUCUUCUUCAAGCUCUCCUCACUUGAACAAUUCCUCACUACCCUCUCUUCGUGAUUUGUUGAAAAAGCCACACGCAACUCAACGUGUCAAUCAAGAUAUUUAA